UUCGUCAGUGGCUUCCACUGUCGAGAAGUCGCUUCGGUGCACGCCUCCCUCCCUCUCCCCGCUCGCCUCUCGGGAACUAAUUGCGUGGACUUAUUAACUUGUGCACGAACUUUGUUUAUACUUGUCCGGAGUGGAUCGUUAACUUGGCAGGUGAUAAGAGCGACCGCCGUCAGCGCCUCCCGCACCCCGCAGCAGCAGACACCGCACGCCCCUCGCCUCAGUAGAACCCGUUCCCCUCGCCGCCCCCAGCCAAGCCACAGCCAUGAAUUCCGAGGAGUUCCGGAAGCGAGGCAAAGAGAUGGUGGACUACAUCGCCAACUACAUGGACACCAUCGAGAACCGGCGAGUGACGCCCGCGAUCGAGCCCGGCUACCUGAAGGACUUGGUUCCUCUCGAGGCUCCUCAGAAGGGCGAGGAAUGGGACGACAUCAUGAAGGACGUCGAGGACAAGAUCAUGCCCGGGGUGACCCACUGGCAGCACCCGCGGUUCCAUGCCUACUUCCCCUCAGGCAACUCCUACCCGAGCAUCCUGGGGGACAUGCUCAGCGACGGCAUCGGCUGCAUCGGGUUCUCGUGGGCUGCGUCUCCAGCAUGCACGGAGUUGGAGACGAUUGUGCUUGACUGGAUUGGAAAAAUGGUGGGACUACCCGAAGAUUUUCUCUCCUUCACCGAAAACAGCAAAGGCGGAGGAGUUAUACAGGGAUCGGCGUCCGAGUGCGUCCUGGUGUCCCUCCUGGCCGCCCGCGCCCACAAGAUCCGCCAACUGAAGAAGCAGCACCCGUUCGUGGAGGAGGGCGUGCUGCUGUCCAAGAUGAUGGCCUACUGCAGCAAGGAGGCCCACUCGUGCGUCGAGAAGGCGGCCAUGAUGGCCUUCGUCAAGAUGAGGAUCCUGGAGCCCGACGAGAACCAGAGCCUCAGGGGGUCCACGCUGCAGCAGGUGAUGGAGGAGGACCGCGCCAUGGGCCUCAUCCCCUUCUACGUGGAGGCGACCCUCGGCACCACCUCCUGCUGCUCCUUCGACAACCUCGCGGAGAUCGGCCCCGUGUGCGAGGAAUAUGGGGCGUGGUUGCACGUCGACGGCGCCUAUGCAGGUAACUCCUUCAUCUGCCCGGAGUUGCGAGGUCCCAUGAAGGGCAUUGAGUAUGCUUCGUCGUUCAACUUCAACCCGAACAAGUUCAUGCUGACGAACUUCGACUGUUCCCUCAUGUGGGUGAAGGACCGCUUCCGACUGACGCAGGCCCUGGUGGUGGACCCUCUGUACCUGCAGCACUCGUAUUCUGAGAAGUCCAUUGACUACAGGACAGUGAUUGGUUGUAAUGAUGAGUUAGAUGAGGACGAUAAUAGACGAUAA